GUCUUGAAUGUAACGUCAGCAGCACAGACCGCCCCUUUUUAGCGUCAGCUUAAAUCCUAACUGUACUAUCUGAAUCGUGUGUUGCGAGCGUUAGAGUUAGUUGCCGGCGAGGCAGAAACGGUAGAAUAAAAAUUACACGUUUUGUACUAGGAAGGCAUGAACAGCAGAAGCGCUCUUUUUCUUAGAACUGUUGUGGACUUGGCAGAAAGUCAGUCCUUUUCUUUAUCCAGUAGGCGUGUGGUUACUAAUGUUCGGUACCUGACAUCUUGUGGUAUUUUAAUUACACAAAGCUCCAAGCCACCUCCACUGGUUCCAGGUUCUGCUAGCCAUGUUCCAUGUCAUGGAUUCUUCAAUAUUGCCCCUGCUUUGGGGAGCAAGAAGAUGCAGUAUUCUGAAACGAGGGUCCUUGGGUAUUCUGCAGAGCAGAUGUAUAAUGUGGUGGUAAAUGUUGACAAGUACCACUUCUUUGUGCCAUGGUGUAGAGAUUCCAAGGUGAUAUCCAAACGCAGUGGACUUACAAAAGCUGAGUUGGAAGUUGGCUUUCCUCCUGUUUUGGAACGUUAUGUGUCUGAGAUUUCUACAGUUCCAUAUCACCAAGUUAAAGCUGUCUGCAAGGAGUGCAAGAUGUUUAAUUACCUGGAGACGGUUUGGCAGUUUGGUCCUGGGUUACCUGGACAACAUCAGACCUGUACUUUAAAAUUUAAUGUCUCUUUUGAGUUCAAGUCACUUUUGCAUUCCCAGUUGGCUAACCUGUUCUUUGAUGAUGUUGUGAGGCAGAUGGUGGCAGCAUUUGAGAAACAAGCAGCAAAGAUGUAUGGCGCACCAGUGCCACUUCUACAAGAGGAAGAGAUGUGUGCAGCACAGUGCUCCUGACUGGUUGAAAGCACGUCUGACGAGAGAAGGGUUGCAAGCAUGUCUGAUGAGAGAAGGCUUACCACCAAAAACUUGAUGGGACCACCAUCUUGCAUUUAAAGGCUUUGCCUUGGUCAUUUUCCCCCAGGUUUGUCUGGGUAGUACUGGUAGCACAGACUUGUUUUAUUUAUAGUCAUUUAUCUUGUCAUGCAAACAGUUAUUUAUUCUAAUUUUACACCAUUUUAUCACUUCUGCUUUGGUUGUGAUGUGUUUUUCCCGUAUGCAUUUAUAUGCAGUACAGAGCUUGUGUAUUUAAAGCCAGUAUUUAUCCGAACCACCAUGGAAUGCUACAGGGGAAGAUUAUUUUACACUGUGAUUAAAAGUUUUAUGCAUAGUAGCAUGAACACAAUUUAUGUAUGGUGUUACUGUAGGAUUUAAGUUGUGAAAUCUGUUACCAGUGAAUGUGUUUUCUGUAAUGCAUCAGGUGCUGCUUUGGGGGAGUAUUUUUAUUUUGGUCUCUUAUAAUGGAGCAGUCUGAGCAACUGCCCUUUUUACCACACUGUACUGUGCUACCAGGCUCAAAUGCAAACUCUGUACCACUAAUCCAGAUAACUUUAUUUUAAGGCAAAAUAGGUUGUGAUCAGUAGUGGCACAAGGAAGGGCUUGCUCUGUGCUGGGGCCUGACUGAGACGGGUGCGUGUAUUCCGGUGACAACUGUUUUUUUUGUAGUUGCAGAGGUUUGAGGACUUUACCUGGAGUCUGGGUCGUUAAAUGUACCUCUUUGGCUUUAGUUACUGUCAUUUGGUGUCUGUGGUCAAAUGAAUAGAAAGCAGCAUUGCCUGGUUGGAAAUGUCUCUUCAUGGUAGUAGUUGAGCAUUGUCACAUAAUCCCUCAGUCGUCUUUGUUUCCAGCAAGAGUACAAGCCUAAUACUUUUUUAUAUUUUCUGUAGACUAUAUGUAUUUCCUAUAGUAUAUGUUGCAGAACUUGAAAGAGUAGUUCUUUUGAAUUUAUACCUCAUUCUGAAGGCAACUUCAGUUACCUUUUAGCACCUUACUCUGGUGUCUGUCAGUAUAGCAAGGGUCUUGCUUUCAUAAUGUAGUUGUGUAUUGAUUGCACAUGCCUAAACACCGUACUGAGUUUGAAAGGAAUGUAUAUCCCUGCAUAUACAUAAAAUGUACAAAUUGUCUGUGCACUUUUUUGCAGUGUAUAUAAUUUUUUUAGUAGUUUAAAAGCUGCUGCAUCAUUGUUACUACUGAUUUAUGAUGAAAAAGUAUAAUUUUGUAAUAAAAAAAAAACUUGGAAUUGUA